GUCUCGCGCUGCGCUGACCAACGAGAGCAGUCGCUAGUGCCAGUAGUCGAGCGGGCCGUGCGAAAGCGCGGCGCACACACACGCACACCCGGAGCGCCCGACGAGUGGCAGGACAUGUUGCCGCCGACUCGCGGCGUCGCGAGCUACCACGGCCUUCCCAGCUUGGCUGACUGAUCGACCGACCGACCGAGCGCAGGAGGGGUCGAGCGAGCGAGCGAGCGAGAGCAGCCGGCCGACCAGAAAGACGGGCAGGAGAGAGCGAGUAGCGGACCAAGAUGAUCGACCCGAGCUCCUCGGAGGAGGAGAGCGAGGAGGACCAAGCCGUCCAGCCGGUCGCGGGUGCGCGCGGGCGGCCCGUUAUGGGUGGCGGCCCGGCCGCCCAGAGCCGCGGCAGGGGCCUGGGCCCGGCCGCGGGCGCGAUGGGCGGGCCGGGCGGAGCGCCGGCGGGCGGGGGCUCGGCACUCGGGGGAGGCUCGCCGAGCCUCGGCCAGGCCGGGCUCGGCGCCAAGUCCGCGCUGCACGCCGGCCAGGCCGACGGCGUCGACGCCGUCCAGCAGGGCCUGGACGUGCCCCACUCGCAGCACAUGGCCAGCGCGCGCAACUCGCUGUCGCCGUCCAUGAGCGCGCACCAGGACGCCGCCAGCUACGGGCAGAGACCCACCAGCCCCUCGCCCUCGCUGGCCAGCGAGAAGACCGAGCAGGAGAUCGCGGACAAGCAGGAGCGCGAGGAGGAGGAGAGAAAGACGAGGCUGCAGCUGUACGUGUUUAUUUCGAGGUGCAUCGCCUAUCCGUUCAACGCCAAGCAGCCGACAGACAUGACGAGGCGGCAAAUGAAGAUCACCAAGCAGCAGUUGGAGACGUUCUGCACUCGCUUUCAGGCCUUCCUGAGGGGCGAGACGCAGAUAAUCGCCGACGAGGCCUUCCACAACGCGAUCCAGAACUACUUCGACGUGUUUCUUAAGUCGGAGCGCGUUGUGCGCAUGGUGCAAUCGGGCGGUUGCUCGCAGCACGACUUCCGCGAAGUAUUCAGGAUCAAUAUCGAGAAGCGUGUUCGGAGCCUCCCCGAAAUCGACGGUCUGAGCAAGGAGACGGUACUGGCCUCGUGGCUGGCCAAGUUCGACUGUAUCUUCAAGGGUACAGGCGACGAGGACGCCAAGCGGCCGUCCAGAAUGCAGCAGCAAUCGCUCAACUCCGAGCUCAUACUGUCGAAGGAACAGCUCUACGACAUGUUCCAGCAGAUACUUGGCGUGAAGAAGUUCGAGCACCAGAUCCUGUUCAACGCCCUGCUGCUGGACUCGGCCGACGAACAGGCCGCCGCCAUCCGCAGGGAGUUGGACGGACGCGUCCAGCGAGUAAACGAGAUGGAGAGGAACCGAGUAGGCAAGUCCAGCGGCAAGUUCCUCGUAAAGGAGAUGGAGUCGUUGUACAUCGAGGAGCUCAAGGCGUCCAUCAACCAGCUCAUGCAGAAUCUGGAGAGUCUGCCGGUGAGCAAAGGUUCGAUAGACGCCAAAAGCGGCUUGCAGAAGCUGAAACGCCACCCGUUGCGUGGCGAUCGCUCCCGCCCCCGCAAUCAGAGCUCCUUGGCCAACGACUCUGCUGACUCGGAGCCACAGUUGACCAAAAUGGACGUUGCCCUCUCGUUUCCACUGGAGGUCAUCGUCAUGGAGGUCAAAGGCAUCAAGAGUCUCGCUCCGAACCGGAUCGUUUACUGCACCAUGGAGGUCGAAGGCGGCGAGAAACUGCAGACGGAUCAAGCCGAAGCGUCCAAGCCCAUGUGGGACACGCAAGGCGAUUUCACGACGAUGCACCCGUUGCCGGUGGUGAAGGUGCGCCUCUACACGGAGAACUCGGCGAUCCUCGCGCUCGAGGACAAAGAGCUGGGCAAAGUGUUGCUGAGGCCGACGCCGCUCUCGUCGCGGGCGCCGGAGUGGCACAAGAUGACGGCCUGUCGCGGCUGCGCCGAUCAGGAUCUCCGCAUCAAGAUCGCCUGUCGCAUGGACAAGCCGCUGAACAUGAAGCACUGCGGCAACCUGUACGCGGUCGGCAAGUCCGUGUGGAAGAAAUGGAAGAAGCGCUACUUCGUCCUGGUCCAAGUCUCACAGUACACCUUUGCGAUGUGCUCGUACAAGGAGAAAAAGAGCGAGCCGUCGGAAAUGAUGCAGCUGGAUGGCUACACGGUGGACCACGUCGAGUCCGCGUCCGCGUCGCUGAUGGCGGGCAUGGACUUGCAGGGCGGACGGUACUUCUUCAACGCGGUGCGCGAGGGCGACAACGUGGUGUUCGCCUCGGACGACGAGAACGAGUGUCACCUGUGGGUGACGGCCCUCUACCGCGCCACCGGCCAGAGCCACAAGCCCACUCCGCCGAUCUCGGUCGCCAGCAAGAGUUCGAACCUGAGCAAGAUCCAGGGCGACACCGACAAGGCCAAGAAGCACGGCAUGGAGGACUUCAUCAGCGCCGACCCGUGCAAGGGGCAGCACAACGACCUGUUCAAGCUGCUGCAGAACCUCACGCUCGACUACAGACUCAACGACCCCUACUGCUCGCUCGGCUGGUUCUCGCCCGGCCAAGUCUUCGUCCUCGACGAGUACUGCGCCAGAUACGGAGUGCGCGGCUGCUUCCGUCACCUGUGGUACCUGAACGACCUGCUCGACCGGGCGGAUCGCGGCAUAAUGAUCGAUCCGACCCUGGUGCACUUCAGCUUCGCCUUCUGCGCGAACCACGUGUACGGCAACAAGCCCGACGGCGUCACCGCCAUCAUGCACGAGGAGAGGGACAAGUUCCUCGAGAUCAAGGAGAGGCUGAUGCUGCUGCUCGAGAAGCAGAUCACCAACUUCCGGUACAGCUUCCCGUUCGGUCGGCCGGAGGGGGCGCUCAAGAGCACGCUCUCGCUGCUGGAGCGCGUGCUGAUGAAGGACUCGGUGACGCCGGUGGAGCAGGACGAGGUGCGGAACAUGAUACGGACCUGCCUGGAGACGGCCGCCCACGUGAACUACGAGAGACUGUCGACGGAGGCGAAGGUCGGCGAAGAUCUGAACGGCGACGUGUGCGUGCCUCCGAGUAAAAAACUCGAGGAUCUCAUACACCUUGCCGAGCUCUGCGUCGACCUUCUCCAACAAAACGAGGAACACUAUUCGGAGGCGUUCGCCUGGUUCAGCGACCUCCUGGUGGAGCACGCCGAGAUCUUCUGGGGCCUCUUCGCCGCCGACAUGAACAAAGUGCUGGCCGAGCAGCCGCCCGACACUUGGGACAGCUUCCCGCUGUUUCAAGUGUUGAACGACUAUCUCAGAGUCGACGACAAUCUGAGAGACGGGCGGUUCCACCAGCUGUUGCGAGAGACCUUCGCCCCACUGGUGGUGCGCUACGUGGACCUGAUGGAGACCUCGAUCGACCAAUCCAUCCACAAGGGCUUCGAGAAGGAACGCUGGGAGAUCAAGGGCAACGGCUGCGCCACCUCGGAGGAUUUGUUCUGGAAGCUCGACGCAUUGCAGUCGUUCAUCAGCGGACUCCACUGGCCGGACGCGGAGUUUCGCGGUCAUCUCGAGCAGAGGCUGAAGCUCAUGGCGACGAUUCAAAUCGAGGCAUGUAUCCUGAAGACAGAUUCGGCUUUCCAGUCUUGGCUGAAGAAGGGCGGAGUGACGUUCAGCUCGACCGACUACAUUAUCCCGUCGGAGAUGUGCGCCAUGGUCAAUGUCAUCCUCGAGGCGAAGAAUCAAGACUUCAAACUCUGCACCAUUAACGGAGUCGACAUGUAUCAGUACCAUGCGAAAAUCGAUGACAUGAUUGAGAAAACUCUGGCAACGAUGAAUCAAGGAAUGAUCAACAAACUCGUUAGCAUUCUGGAGGCAACUCUUUCCAAGUUGUCGCGUUACGACGAGGGUUCGCUUAUUGGUUCCCUUCUCAGUUUUACGAAAGUGUCAGGAAGCGGCAAGGACAUGGGACAGGCCUACGUGACUUUCACGAGAAACAGCUCCGAACAGAUUCGCAGCAAAAUUAUCGAUGAGCUCUGGAUCCUCAACUUCUUUGAGCAAUGGUACACCGCUCAAAUUCAGUUGCUGUGCAACUGGCUGACCGAGCGCAUGGAUCACAGUCUGCACCCGUUCCAAUGCACCUGCCUCGCGCAGGUCGUCAAAAAGAUCUACUCGGAUUUCGAGCUUCAAGGCGUCAUGGAAGACAAGCUCAACUCCAAGACAUAUCAGACAGUGGCCCAGCGUAUGCAGACCGAGGAAGCAACUUGUGCCUUAACCAUGAACUCUCAUAACGAUGAGGGGCUGUCUGAGAACGGCAACGACGACGACGUAGAGCGGCCCAAGACGAAAGUGACUAUCGUCGAGAACCUGACGGGCGAUGACGCCAGAAGCAUCAGCAACGUCACGUCCAAUGUAGCCAGCCGUGUCGGCAGCAUGUUCGAGAAGGGAAUCGGCGGUCUGUCCACCAAACUCGGUGGCUUCUUCUAAAUAAGAGGCAGCAGCCACGACAGCAGAAUCAACUUUUUUCGCUCUCUCCUUCUUUCUCUUUCUCUUUCUCUUUCUCUUUCUCUCUUGAUCUCUUUCUCUUUGCAAAGCCGGCAAGCUUAGUUCCAUUCGCUCUUUACUCUUCUAACAAGCAUGUUGACGACCGUUCAAGCCGGACUUGUUGACGCCUCUGACACUCUUCGUUUUCACGUCCUUACCGUUCUCGUGACAGUCACUGGCGCAGAGGCACAUGAAAGUAUCUAGUCCACCCCGAAAGCUUCCCAGCCGUUAUUAUUGCGUACACCCGAGGGCGCAUUAUUUACGCAUUGUAAUCGUGACGAGUUAGAGCGCCGAAAUCAGAUAAAAUAUAUAAAUAUAUAAAUAUAUUCAAAGUUUAUCAUGUACAAGCAGCAUUUAAUAAAAUAACGAAAAUGAAAAGUGCAAGUACGCGCACUGCUGGCGAGGUGUCUUGGCCGAACACGAACUGUUAUAAGCCUAGAGCGAGCGUGUAAAGCGUGCGAGUAGAAAGAUAUACGUAUAGAAAGAAAAAUACAUAAGGUGUUGAAAGAA